AUGGCACAAACUUAUAGCCAGCAGCAGCCAAUGCAACAGUCUCAAAUACCAGAAUAUACCUUACCAGGCGUGCUUCAUUUUCUCCAGUCAGAAUGGAGGCGCUACGAGCGAGACAGAAAUGAAUGGGAGAUUGAGCGUGCCGAAAUGAAGGCCCGCAUCGCACUAUUAGAAGGAGAACGUCGUGGAAUUGAAACUAUGAAAAUAAAUCUAAUGAGGCGUGUGAAAAUGUUAGAAUUUGCUUUAAGGCAGGAGAGAAGUAAAUAUUUGGCCGGCAUAUCCCCCACACAACCUAUAAUAAAGGAAUCAUCUACUGUAUCAGCUACUGCAAACGAAGAAGGACCACAAAAUAAUCCUCAAUCAACUACUGAGACUACUGGGUUUUCUCAGACUUCCGAACAAUCUUCUCAACAAAAGAGUCUUUUAUCAAGUCGGGACCCUAAUUAUCGCAUCAAAAGUAGAGAAAUUCUUAAAGCAUGUUUACAAGAAAUUGAUUACCUUACAAAUGCUGCGACUAGUAACCCCUCUAUCAGCAAUCGACUUCUAAGCCAUCCAACUGGUUUGAAUGGAAAUAAUGUAACCAAUCAAAUGCCAAAUCAUAGAGACAGUGCAAUAUGGGUUGGGGGCAAUUCCCCUGCAAAUAAUAGUGUGCCUCCGAAAAGAUUAGGCAACGUUGCAAUAAAACCUUCUAGGCCUGCUCCAACAACACCACCGACAAUUUUACCCAUAUUGCCAACAAAUUCUUCGAGUCCACCAUUAGAUCAUUCUUUUCCUCCGCGUGAAGGUUUGGAGUUAGUUUCUCCUGAUAAUGAUGACGGUUCUUUCUUCCCUAAGUCAGCUGAUAAAUCGUACAAGAGUGACGAAAGUUUUUCCGAUAAUGAGCAAUCGUCAUUUGGCUUUCCAAGAAAUGACAUAAUAUCACCUGGCGAAAUGACUCCAGUGGGUAAUGGAAUUGAUGGAUUAGGGACAAAGACAAACGAUGAAAGCUACUUUGGAAAAGAUGUUGGUACUCCCGCCUUUAACAAACCAAAAUUUGAUAAAUCAAAAUUUGAUGGAUCCUGGAAAAUACCGAGUCAAGUUGUACCUAGGAACAUAACUUCAGCAUUUCCUUCAAAAAGUGCAGAUGAACUCAGAGAAGAAGAGUAUCAAUUGGCAAAAGAUGUUCAAAAAAAAUUUAACCUGUCAGAUGAGAAAAUUUCGAAAUUAAUGAAAAAUUCUUCGAAAAAAAAUCAAAGCAUAUUACCAAUCAAUACCUCAGAUCCUCAGUUAGAUGAACUCAGUUUAUCGGUUGAAGAAGUAGAGAACACAGAAAAAUCAGAGGUUGAUAAAUUGCAAGAAAAUAGUUCAGAUAGAAAAAUGUGGAGGCAAAGAUUCACAUUAAAAAGCCAUCUUGAUACUGUUCGAUCUAUUUCAUGGCAUAAGUCAGAACUCGUGUUCGCGUCUGGAUCGGAAGAUGGCACCGUAAAAUUAUGGAAUUUAAAAGGCCCAGUUUCUCUCAAGCCUACAGAUGUUCCUGAUAUUGAGCCGACAAUUACGUAUAGAGGUCAUACAGCGGCUGUAAAUUCAGUUGUUAUUGCUUCAGAACAGCACAGAUGUUAUUCGGCUAGUAUGGACUCUACAAUCCGUGUAUGGAAUUUGCCGCCACCAAAACGAGAUAAUUAUGGACCUGUUGAUUCUCCGUUGAACUUUACUACCUACAUUGGUCAUACGGAUGCUAUAUGGGAUUUAAGAUUAUUCCCUAUUUGCAACUUAAAUACCCAAUUUUUGGCAUCUGCAUCUGCUGAUGGGUCGGUUAAAAUUUGGAAUACGGAGGCAGAAGGAUCUCCCUUGAAAAGUUCGUGGGGAUAUUAUGGAAACAACGGUGAACUACCGGUUAACGGAGUUCGUCCUCCAAUACCUACGUCUAUUGACUUUGUCCAUAGCGAUUUGAAGAAAAUUGCCGUUUCAUUCCAAAAUUCAAUUAUCAAGCUUUAUGACAUUGAAACAGGGCAAAGUGUUGUAACAUUUAAUAGUGAUGAAACAUACGAUAAAACCCCAGCGACGCAAAUCAAUCGUGUCUUCGUCCAUCCAACUAUGCCACUAUUGUUUUCGGCACAUGAGGAUAAAUAUAUUAGAUUCUUUGAUGUCAACAGUGGUAAAUGCAAUUUCUCAAUGCUUGCUCAUCUGGAUUCAGUCACAACACUUGAUAUUGAUCCAUCAGGAAUGAUAUUAAUUUCGGGAGGCCAUGAUAGCUCUAUCCGUUUGUGGGAUAUUGUAUCAACAAGACAAUGUAUUCAAGAGUUUGUAUCGCAUCGGAAAAAAUCUGAUGAGGGUGUGCUAUGUGUUGAAUAUCAUCGGUCUUUGCCAUGGAUGGCAAGUGGUGGUGCAGAUUCUGUAUUUGAACUUUAUUUGAGAGGUGAUUGUAAAACGGAACUAAUACUUGAGGGUUUAACUAUUUUUGACGCAUUAGUGGGUGUUAUUGCAUUUACAUUCUUUUUAUUUGCUGUAUCUCAUUAUUUAUUAGGAACUAUAUAG